AAAAACCAAUAAAAGAUAUUACUUUGGAUCCGCUGAUAGCCCUCUUAGUAGAAAAAGCCCAAAGAGGAGAAAUGAAAGAAAAAAAAGUAAUUAAAUUGGUUAAAGACCUAGGAAAAAAUAUGAAGGAGUCCAUUCAGACUUUUACUUUUGACCGAGCUGCGGCUUUUCCUGAUGCUCUUAUUGAUUUAAAAAAAGGAAAGUUUGAUAACCAUAUCUUGUUAUUGAUAAAUAAGUUUCUCGCUCCUAAACUAAAAAGAGGAAGAACCAAAAAGAACAACCCAAAUUACACAGUCAAAUCUGACCAGCUGAUCUCUUUUCUUAAUGUUCUUUUAGAUUAA